GGGAAAUCUUUCAAAUAUGUCUCCUUUGCUUUUCUAACUUUGAAGUGAGACAGGAACUAUUAACUACUCCUUUGAAAAAAUGAAGACACCCCCUCAGAAACGCGUUUAUCUUAAGUUGCCCGUGUGGAUUGUGGAGGAUCAUCAUGAUGUUGUGCGACACAUAUAUCGUGCCAUUGGUUCUAAACAUAUUCCAAUGAAGGAUAUUAAGAUGAUCCAUUUGGACUCCCACCCUGACCUCCUUAUCCCUGUCAAUAUGCCUGCUGAUACUGUGUAUGAUAAAGAGACUCUGCUCAGUACAUGGACACGUUAUGCAUCAACUAACCCCUUGCAGCGAGCUGAGUAUUGAGAAUUGGAUUAUGCCAAUGGUGUAUGCUGGACACAUAUCCCACGUUGCCUGGCUGCAUCCGUACUGGGCUCAGCAGAUCAAAGAAGGGGAGCACACUAUGUGCGUGGGGAGAGAUUCAUCCACCACCACCAUCAGGGUCACAAGCACAGAUGAUUACUUUUUGAGUGAUGCCCUUUAUGUUCCACUGGAUCAACUGGAAAACCCGAAAGAAUUAAAUUUAAACGUCAUUAGAGUGGAUCCAAUCCACAUUUCUCAGAAAAGGGAUUGUGAAAAUGGAGAAAGCAGUGCUAAAAUACCCAAAGAUGCUCCUGGAAGAACUGAAGAUCAAGAAGGUGAUGAACAGUCGAAAUUGGACAUGCCCUGCACUUCCUCUUGUCAACCACGUGAUGGCAGCACUGCAACAGGAAAAAGCAGUGGCAUAGUCAUGAAAGCAGAUGAGGGGUCAACGAGCUAUAUUACAAACAAGCUUUUAUCAGUUAUAGAGCACACUGACCCUUUCAUACUUGACAUUGACCUGGAUUUUUUCUCCUGUACGAACCCUUUCAAGGAGAUGUAUACUCAGGAAGAGUAUGCUCUCCUGCAAGAGUUAUACAGCUUUAGCAGGCCAAAGCAGGAUCCAGAUGAGGAGGAGCUCUCAGAUUGCGUAGUGAGACGCACCCACCAGCUUGAAGACUUGGAGGCUGCAUUUGCUGACCUGGUAGAGGAUGACAGCCAGGAAACUAUAGAUCGUUUAGCAGCAAACCCCGGAAUGAAAUCUCUCGCCAGACUUGUACACAGCUUAAAGAAUCGAACUGAAUCACCAGACUAUGAAAUGGUGCAUCAGGCAGGCUUAACCUGUGAUUACUCUGAGCUCCCUCACCACAUCAGCACUGAGGAGGAGAUCCAGCAAAUGAUCACGGCUGUGCAGCUCUUCCUGGAAGCCCUGCCCAAACCCACCAUAGUCACUAUAUCCAGGUCCAGUUUGGAUGAGUAUUGCCCAGGUGAACAAGUGGACUCCAUUCAGAACAGUGUGCUGAACAUUUUAGAGUGCCUCUUUGGCUCCUUGGAUAUCCACAGAGAGUAUGAAUCAAUACCAGCAGAGAGCACAUCUCAGACCACAUGAGGAGAUGGGUUAAAAUUCAGCAGGAGCUGUGACAUGUUCUUUGCCAACAUCUGCUUUCAGACAGUUGAAGUUGCGAGGCUUUUAAAGCAGUGCUGAGAUUUAUUGCUCUUGGUUAUUGUCUGCAUUAAGAGUGUGUGUAACAAUGAGCUUUCUAUGGAUAGAUGUGCAAAGAAAGGGGAGUGAGUUUCAGGCUGGGUUAUGGGUUUUUAAUUUAAAGCAUUAGUUCACUCAGAAAUAAAAAUUCUGUUAUCCUUUACCCACCUUCUUUUUUCGAAAACCCGCAUUAUUUCUUUAUUUCAUGGAUCAAAAAUUUAGAUAUUUAUAGAAGAACAUCCAAGCUGCUCUUUUCCAUACAAUGAAAGUGAAUAGUUAUGUCAACUGUAAAGCAAGAUUUUCAGUAAAUAAUGACUUAAAUGAGCUUUUUUUGGUGCUGUUUUGUUCUUUUUGGUGCUUGACAGACCCUGGUCACCAUCCAUAGUUAUUGUAAGGAAGAGAGAAGCUUGAAUAUUCUGCUGAACUAUUUUUAUGUUCCACAAAAGAAAGAUAAUCAUAUAGGUUUGGAACAGCAUUAGGGUGAGUAAGUGAUGACAGAAUUAUCAUUUUUGGGUGAUCUGUUCCUUUAAGAUUGUUUUCUUUUAUUUGUUUCAAGUGCAUUCAUUCGAGACAUCAGAUCCUGUCACUGUAGGAGUAAGCAUAGAAUGAAACAUGGUGUUUUCAGUGUGGUUGUUUUUAUUUUCUCAGUAAAGUAAACAACCUGAGAUCUUCAUAUGAAUUCUGUGCCACAGCCAUUCAUACCUUGUGUUUCAUACUUCAGUUUGACGGUUUUAUGUAUGAGUUUAGAAUUGGAGGGACAUUGAUUCUAAGAGAGCACAUUUCUCCCCCUCCUGUGUGGCCCUCUUCAGCCUCAACUGUCUUUGUCUGAAGCCUGAAGCAGUUACCAGUUCAUCUGAGCUUUGUACUUGCCACCUCUCUUCUUAUCGCUCCACACCUGCAGACUUCUAGACUGCCCUGAAUAUGCCUGACCUGACUUUAAAUUUCCCAGGGUGAUGAACAACUCUUGUAAGGCCUAUUGUCUUUGUCUUUUUUCUGUUUACUCUCAGUAUGAGUUUUAUACUGUGGAAUUUGUUUUGUUUUCCCGCUGUUACUGAUUCUUCUAUUUUAUGGUGUUUACAUUGUUGUGAGUUGUGAUUUAUCACACAAAUACAUUUCUUACAUUUACACAGGAAGAAGUGCAGGAUAGCAGCUUGACAGUGUAUUCAGGCUAAGCAUGUGGUGUUACAUAAACUCGCAAUCAAGGGUUCUACAAAGCUAUAAAGAAUUCAAAUGAUUACAUCACACCAGCACUAUGGAUACCAAGGAUGUAAGAGGAGAUGCUGGUUCCAGGCACUACUACUGGUCAAUUAAACAGCACUGGCUGAUCAGUUGCCCAACUAAUCAGUAGCGACAGUGGCUCUAAAAUGGUAAUAAGAGGGCUGCUGGUCUAAAUCCUGUGUAAAAGAGAUAUUUGCACUGCCAUGCUGCCAUCGAGAGGACAGCAUCCCUAACACUGCCCUACCUGUUCAAAACACCCUCUUCAAUAAUGACUAAAAUGAAGUAAAUGAAAUCUUUGUCAUGCACUGGCCCAUUUGGAUUUGUGUAUAAUGUGUUCCUAAUAAAUCAUUUUUAAUGCAUACCUGAAA